AUUCCAUCACAACAUUCCCUUAAUACACAUCCACCAAAGUUCAUGGAACCCCAUUGGUCUUUUUACUAUUCUGAUCAUCAGCAUCAACACCUACUAGUUAAUAACACUCCUCACUCUAAUCAGCAGCAACCUUCAGCAUCUGGGGGAAGCAAUCUCCUGCAGCAGCAGCUCAGGAGCUUCUCGGAGAUCAAGCAUCAGGAGAGCGCGUACACCGAUGAUUUCAGGAACCACAGCUUGCCAUUGGCAAGAAUCAAGAGGAUAAUGAAGUCUGAUGAUAAUGUACGUAUGAUAUCGGCUGAUGCUCCGGUGCUGUUGGCUCGAGCCUGUGAAAUGUUCAUACAGGAUUUAUCCCUCAGGUCAUGGAAUUGCACUGAGGAGUCUAAAAGAAAGACUCUUCAGAAGGCUGAUAUAUCAGCUGCACUUUCCACAACUGACUUGUUUGAUUUUUUGGUAGAUUUGGUGCCAAGAGAGAAGCCUCUUAGCUCAGCCAUGCCACCGGUUAAUCUACCAAUCAUCUCGUCGAUGGGUAAUGCAAAUUCUAGCCUUGGCGCUAUCCAUAAUCCGCAGCAUCUGCAACAGCCUGAGGGUUGUUGUCUAGGUGAAUAUCAGGCUGCUGCAGGACUGACAAUGGGAGUGCAGAUGCAGCUAGUACAAAAUGAUCAGGUAGAUGGAGGAGGGUAUAGCAGUACUAAGAAUAUCCAAGGAGGCUGGCCUAAUUGCUUAGCUUAUCAACCUGCUUGGCCUCCACCAGAUAUUUGACCAACGUUUGGUAGAAUUUUAGUCCCUAGCAAAUGAUACAAGGGGAGUAGUGACAGAUCAACGAAGCAAAAUCUGUUAGACAUGAUAUCUAUAUGUCUCCGUUUGUAGACAUAUAAUAUACUUCAUUUGGUAAAAGUUUUGGUAUAUUAUUCUAGCUCAA